AUGGACGUCAAAAAAGAACAUCUAGAUGAUGAUAAUGUAUCAUCAGCAGAAGGUCAGGUCGAUGUCACCACGGCAGCAUAUCGUCGGAUGCCAGAAGAUCUUCAGGCACUAGGGGAAGACGAGAUCAAGCGCCUUAGCAAGAAGAUUGUUCGCAAGGUCGACCUCAUGGUUUUGCCAACCAUUGGCAUCCUAUACAUUCUCAACUAUGUCGACCGUCAGAACCUCGCUGCAGCCAAACUUCAGGGCAUUACUGAGGACCUGAAUAUGACCACUGAGCAGUUUGCCACCGCUGUUUCGAUCCUCUUUGUCGGAUACCUACCCUUCCAGAUCCCUAGCAAUCUUCUUAUCACAAGAAUUUCUCGACCAGGCAUGUAUAUCUGCUUUGCAGUCGCAAUAUGGGGCUGUAUCUCGGCUGCCACGGCUGCUGUCAAGACGUACGGUCAACUCCUUGCUGUGCGGGCCAUUCUAGGGGCCGCCGAAGCUGUUUUCUUUCCUGGGGCCAUAUACUACCUCUCUGCCUGGUACACCAAAGUCGAGCUCGGAAAGCGUAUUGCUGGGCUGUAUAUUGCGCAGCAAGUUGGUAAUGCUUUCGGUGGCCUCUUUGCAGCCGCGAUUCUUCAGCUCGACGGCGUGCACAAUAUUGCCGGAUGGCAAUGGUUGUUCAUCAUCGAGGGAAGCGCUACGGUUGGAAUUGGUGUUGUGUGUGCUUGUAUAAUGCCGGAGUUCCCCCAUAACAGCCGAAUCCUCUCUGACACAGAGCGUGCACUGGCUGUCUGGCGCAUAGAAUCUGAAUCGGGUGCCGCAGAGGGAACCGAGAAUGAGAGUGUGUGGCGAGGCUUUGCAAAAGCUUUGUCGGAUCCCAAGUUACUCCUCUUGGUCCUCUGCAAUAUGCUGUCUCAGGUCCAGGGAUCAAUUGCCAAUUAUUUCCCGACCCUUGUCGCCUCCCUCAACUUUUCCAGCACGAUUAGUCUACUUUUGACUGCACCGCCCUACAUUCUUGCCGGCAUUGUUUACUACGUGGUCAUGUUCUACUCCGACCGCAAGAAUACUGUCUAUCCGAUUAUUAUUGGAUGCAUUGCUAUCUCAAUUGGCAUGUAUAUUAUUCCGAUGGCUACUCUCAACGUCGGCGCCCGAUACUUUGCCAUGAUGAUCUUGCCUUUUGCAUCAGUCGGUCCACAGCUGCUGCUAUACAAGACGAUCAAUCUGCACCUUGCCCGCCCUGUUUCCAAGCGUGCCGCCGCCUCGGCACUUGUCAAUGCCAUCGGUGGCACAUCCAAUAUUUGGGCGUCCUAUCUGUACUACGCAUCUCCACAUUUCUAUGCAGCUUUUGGAACACUGAUGGGCGCUGCAUUUCUCCUGGCGGCCACCAUUACUAUAUACCGCUGGCUUAUCUUGCGUGAGAACAAACGCUUGGACUCUGGUGACCCAGAUCAGAUCGCAAAGGCCAUGAAGGGUGGAGUGACCGCGGAAAUGGUACAGCUCAACUGGCGCUAUGAAAUGUAUUAG